AUGUAAUAAGAAUUAUUAUUGCCAGAAGAUAUUGAAGAUAAGAGAUAACUUAUAAUAGUAUUAGAAUAGGCUCCAUUAGAAAUUGCGACAAUAAGAUAACAAAUAGUUUUACUCAAUGCUGAUGAACAUAAGAAUUACAUCAAUUAAACAUUGAAUAAAGAUUAUUCACUUUAUAGACCUGAUAUUCUACAUCAUUGCUUGCUUAGUCUGAUGGAUUCUCCAUUGAAUAAGGCAGGAAAACUUAAAAUUUAUGUUCGCACCGCUUAAAAUGUCAUACUUGAUAUUAGCCCUAAAUUAAAAGUGCCAAGAACUUAUGAAUCAUAUGCAGCAUUAUUUGCAUAAGCAUUGCAUAAGCUUAGAGUAAGAGCUGUAGAGAGUUCAGAAACAUUAAUUAAAGUUAUCAAGAAUCCUAUCACAGAUCAUUUACCUAGUGAGGCUCUAAAAAUUGGAACAUCGACUUAAGCCAAAUUAAUUGAUGUAAAAUAAUUUGUAAUUUUAUGUAAAAUAUUAAUGAAUAGAUCAAAUAACCAAACCUUAAUCAGAACAAACCAAUAGUAUAUGUGAUAGGAGCAGUUUCUAAAGGUAACCCAGGAAUGGAAGCCUAAUAUAUCGAUGAAUGCAUUUGUAUAUCCUAAUAUUCCCUGAGUGCUGGAUAUUGUUUAUAACGAAUUUCAAAUGCUUAUGAAGAACUUUGGGGUAUUAAAUGAGU